UUUCAGGGUUUACGUAGGGUUCCAUUUCCUUGUGGAUGAGGGUUAAUCUGUCAUCAGUAACAUUCAUCAUUACUAGACACACUUCUUUCAGUGCCAUUAUCAAAGGAACCUUCAAAAGAACAACCAGUCAGUCCUGACGUUCCAAUAGAGCCUUUGCUGGAUAUGGACAGCAUUAUUAUUGAAGACCAGGUGUUUGAAGCAUACACUGACCCAAGUGAGGUAGAAGAUAGUGAUUUUGGGCAUGAACUGUUGUUGUCUGCAGAAGAAAAGGCAAAAAGGAAGCGCGAGAAACAAGAAGCUGUGCGUCUGCUGAAUGAGCUGAAAUCUGUCAUUGGAAUCCGUGCCAAAAAGUGGGAAGAAAGAGAAAGAAAACUUAUGAAAAAGAUCCAUGCAGGCAAAGUUCCAAACAAAGAGGAGGAUGAAUCUGAGGAAACCAAAUCUGAAGUUGCAGUAUGUGCAGGGAGUGAAAAUGAUCUUUCUGGAUCAGAAAAAUCUGCUGCAAUUAAGUCUGAUGAAUUAGAGAAUGGUCUGUCAUGUGACAUUGUUCAAAAAAAUUAUGCUUCAGAUACUAAGCAAACUCAUGCAGAAACAGACAUCAGUUUGGAGGUAGAAUCAGAGACUGAACAAGAAAAAGGAGAAAAUAAUAAAAUAAAUAAUUUGUGCCAAAGGGUAUACAGGCCUGAUAGUACCAGAAAUAAUUCAGAUUUAACUAUAGAUUCUGCUGCUAGAAGAAACCCCCAAGACAGGCUGGACUCGGGUUCAUUUAGCUUUGCUGCCAAUAUUGCCGCCAUGGCUGCAGCCAGGUCAAGACAGCAGGUACAACUAAGUGUACAGACCUACCAAGACAGUGAUGAUUCUGAUGAUGGAGACUGUAUCGUGGAUGACUGAUACUAAAAUAGUAUAGACAAUAAAAAGAUAAUAGUGAACACAAAAUCAUGAUUCGCUGCUUCUUUAUAUCGAUAAAUUAUUUUAAGGAAUGUCUCAUUUUAAUAUUUCCAAUAACAAAAAGAGGAGAUAGCCAACUUUAUCCAAGAAAAAACCAAAAACAGACUGGCAGAAAUGUCAAAAAAAUAAACUGGUAACAAUAAAGACCAUGUUUUAUUACAAAUACCUCAAACUUCUUAUACUAUUCACAAAGUUCACAGUCCAUUUAAAAUUCUUCUUGGUCGUCUCACUUUGAUCACAUGAGAGUAUAGGGUGUUCAAUGCUUUUAUGAUAAUAUCUUUGGUACUGUUUCUCAUUUGCCUGAGCGAAACUUCUUUUGCUGCCGUUUUUUAAACUGACCGAUUCAACAUUAUGCGUACUUUGUAAGUAUUCUUUCUUCUAUAAACAUUUUAAUAUAUAUCCAUCUUUCACACAUGAAAAAC